GGUCUAAAAACAUCUUGCUUUCUCUUCCUCUCUGAGGGAGAGAGAGAGCGGUAUCGCUUAAAUCAUCUAUGUUGUUCAGCCUCUAAAAUUGGAUACUUCAUAUAAUCAGAAACUACCAAAAUCUAUCCAUAAAUUGAUUGCAUACAGCUUUAACUACAGCUGUGGGACGACAAAGACCUCACUAUGAGUAAAUCAAGAGACAGCAGUCCCACAUCUUUCCACCUGGAGACAGAUGACAGGUCAGAAGAGGAGAGGGCGAGGGCGAGGGCGAGGGCCAAACACACGAAAAAAAGUCCUGGUAAGGACAAGAUGCCCAUGGACUCCAACUACCUGGAAGACGUAGUGGAUGCCGCACCCAGAAUUAGAAUCAAUUUGGAUUUUGACAAGGGAAUCAGAGAUGUGAAAGAGGAACCGUCUCACAAGGACAGAGAUGCAUUUACCAUCAAGACACUGUUUGAGGCCGUAUCCCGUGGUGACGUGUCUAAACUGCAGGGUUUACAUCAGUACCUGCACAAAUCCAUGAAACAUCUCACUGACUCUCAAUAUAAGACUAAUGGAAAGACAGUCUUGCUCAAAGCUCUUUUAAACUUAAAGGACGGUGAAAAUGACACCAUUGAAUAUCUGCUUGACAUUGCAGAGAAAAUGGGAGAUUUAAAGAAUUUUGUCAAUGCUGCAUACACAGACAGUUUCUACAAAGGUCAUACGGCUCUCCAUGCUGCCAUUGAGAGGAGAAGCGCAAAGUUUGUAGAGAUGCUGGUUAAGAAAGGGGCUGAUGUCCACGCUAAGGCCUUUGGGAAAUUCUUUCAGCCCAAUGAAGGGAUGUGUUUCUAUUUUGGUGAGUUGCCGUUGUCACUGGCAGCUUGUACGAAUCAACCAGACAUUGUGGAUUUCCUGAUGGAAAACCCAUACAAGUCAGUGGAUGUCAGUCAAAGGGAUUCUCAUGGAAACAUGGUGCUUCACGCUUUGGUAGCAAUAGCAGACAACAGCCCUGAGAACACAGAGUUUGUCAUCGCCAUGUAUGACCACAUCUUAAAGAAAUCCGCUCAACUCCAUCCAAAACUAAAACUGGAGGAAACUGAGAAUAACCAGGGACUCACACCUUUCAAACUUGCUGCCAAAACUGGAAAAUUUGGGCUGUUUAAGCACAUUGUACAGAGGGAGUUCAAAGACUGCAGGCAUCUGUCUCGGAAGAUCACGGAGUGGGCAUUUGGUCCGGUGUGCUCCUCACUGUAUGAUCUCGGCUCACUCGACAGCUAUGAGGAGAACUCUGUGCUGAAGAUAAUCGUUUAUGGCAGCGAGAUUCCUAACCGUCUUGAGAUGCUUCAUAUUGAGCCACUUAAUAAACUGCUUGAAGAGAAGUGGGAUAGAUUCGCUCAGCGGAUCUUCUUUUUCAACUUUAUCUGUUACAUUGCCUACCUUUUCAUCUUCACAACAGUCGCUUUUUACCGACAAGAAGGACAGCCUCCAUUUUUUUAUCGCGAUGAAAGAGAGCGCAAGCUGAUUUUCGCAGGACAUAUUAUAACCUCCAUUGGAGCCGUUUACUUCCUUUUCAGAGGGAUAGUGGAUUUGAUUAGGAAGCGUCCAAGAUUUCAGUCCCUGGUGAUUGAUGGAUACACUGAUCACCUUUUUUUACUGCAGGCCGUGCUCUUCCUGGUAUGUGCUGCACUGUACUUUUGUGGUCAAGAUGAAUACCUGGCAUUUCUAGUUUUGAGUCUUGCUUUGAGCUGGAUGAAUCUGCUCUACUACUCCAGAGGAUCCAAAUUUAUGGGAAUCUACAAUGUCAUGAUACAAAGGAUGAUUCUUGGAGAAAUUCGGAGAUUCCUUGUCGUGUACAUGGUCUUUCUCAUUGGAUUCUCGGCAGCUAUGGUGACUCUUCUUGAUGGUAAACCUAGAACGGGGGGCCGUUCUUUCUUCAAACCUGUUUCAAAUACAACUGGAGACUGCGUGAAACCAGAAUAUGAAAAUAUCUACCGCACCACUCUGGAGUUGUUUAAGUUUGCCAUUGGCAUAGGAGAACUGGAGUUCACAGACCAAUAUAAAUAUCAGACAGUGUUUUAUGUGCUGAUGAUCUUGUAUAUAGUGUUGACAUACAUUCUGCUGUUAAACAUGCUUAUCGCUCUGAUGAAUAAAACCAUGGAGGAUACACACAAAGAGAGCACCAGUAUCUGGAAAUUACAGCGUGCAAUGACCAUCUUGGACAUGGAAUGGUUUCUUCCUCGCUGUCUGAAAAAGAGGCUGCGCUGUGGGGAAGAGAAAGAUCUGGGUGAAGGACAAGAAGAUCAACGCUGGUGUUUCAGUGUGGAGGAAGUGAACUGGAACCAAUGGAACAGAAACCUGGGUAUAGUCAAUGAGGAUCCUGGGAAUUUGUCCAUGUGUGUACUGUCACCACAGUCACCAUCUAAACCCCAAAGAGAGUUCAGCCGGCUUGGACUCCUCCCAACUUUCAGUAAGCGGUGGACACAAAAACAAUCUCAACGCAGUGACGCACACGAGCUCAGUCCUCUAGCUGAAGUCUCUAGCGCCUCCUGAUGGACUCAUCAUGAACAACACCACCACUAUGUUGAAUCACCUGUGAUGUGUAAAACACAUGGUACGCUAUGUUUGAAUGGAUUCAACCUAAGGAAUGUAUGUGUGAUCAGUUUAGAUGACUUAUAGGAGAUAAAAACAGGGCCCCCAAUCAAAUGACUUAUUGGUUUAAACUUUUCUUUAAAGUGGCUUCACUUUUGUAUAUUGCAUAAAUGUUUGCAACGGGACUUUUUACAUGAACACGAAAUUCACCAUAGUAACUAUAAACAUAGUUUAUAGGUAUGUGUAGUAAAUCUAUGGUGAUAAUCAAUCUGCCAGCAUUGGCCUACUUCAUUUUUUCCAAUAUGGUUAAUUUCACUAAAUACGUUGUGAAGAUCAAUAACUCUACGCAAUAACAUCCAAAUUAAAUAUUACAAAUCAUGUAAAACAAUCAAUAAUACGACACAUCAGUAUAUCAUUAGGAGGAUGAUUGUUUUUUAAUAUGUCGACCUCUUGUGGUGUGUCUCACGACUAAUGAUGCACCCAGAACUGACAAAGGUCAAAGGAUGUCACAAUGUAUCUAUCUGACAUCCACAAUAACAGCAUUUCGUCUCUCUUACACUAAUACAGUGAUUGUUUGCUUUCUGUCCUGUUGCACUCUCACAGCCGUUUCAUUUGAGUGUGUCCUCGCCAGGCCUUUACUUAAUUUACGGGCCAUUAAAGUUCAAUGCUCAUUAUUUCAUCAAUAGGUCACGUCCCCUGUCGCCAUUAUUUUAAUGCCAUUAUUUUUGAGGCCACCUUUAUUUCUUUAAGUAUGAAAAGUACUGAGUCUACACUUUCAAGUGUUAUUCAAGUUAUUGUCAUUCUGUUGUGUGGGUAAUACAAAGGAAAUAAAUGUCUCGCAUGACCACAA